AUGGCAGCUUCAUCAACCCGGCUUCGAUGCCUAUACGCAUCCUCGUCAACAUGGAAGACAUCUCCAUCCCAAUCCCUAAUCUCCUUAUCUCGCCGUUAUGCGACAACCAGCUCUGCACCACCAACUCCCUCCGAUGAAAGUUCCUCAACGCUUCCGAAACGACGGAAAACAACCACAUUCAAAGACAAACUCAACGCCGGCCCGUCCUUCGCCGACUUUGUCAGCGGCAAUGGCGACUCCAACAACGCUCCUCUCGAUGCCUCAGAAGCCUACGCCCUGGAAACAGUCAUGAUCCCUGGUCCCGCCGGGCGUGGUAAAAAGGAACAUACCCGUCUCCCCUCGUGGCUCAAGACGCCCAUCCCAGAUUCGACGAACUACAAGCGCAUAAAGAAGGACUUGAGAGGGUUGAAAUUGAAUACCGUCUGCGAGGAAGCGCGCUGUCCCAAUAUCUCGGAUUGUUGGGGUGGGAGUGACAAGUCCGCUGCGACGGCGACGAUUAUGUUGAUGGGUGACUCGUGUACGCGAGGCUGUAGGUUUUGUAGUGUCAAGACUUUACGAACUCCCGGACCUCUAGAUCCUCAUGAACCUGAGAACACGGCCGAGGCUCUCUCGCGCUGGGGAUUAGGUUAUGUUGUUUUGACAAGCGUUGAUCGAGACGAUCUCUCCGAUGGCGGAGCACACCAUUUCGCCGAAACAGUCAUCAAAAUUAAACAGAAAGCUCCGGGUAUCCUCGUUGAAUGCCUCACUGGCGAUUUCGCCGGUGAUUUUGAUAUGGUAGCCCUCGUCGCAAAGUCCGGAUUAGAUGUUUACGCACACAAUGUCGAGACGGUUGAAGCCCUGACACCGCACGUUCGUGACCGUCGGGCUACAUUCCAGCAAUCCCUCCGAGUCCUUGAGGCCGCGAAACGCGCAAAGCCAUCACUCAUCACAAAGACAUCGAUGAUGCUCGGCUUCGGCGAAACAGAGGACCAAAUGUGGGAUGCGCUCCGCCAACUGCGCGCUUCGAACGUCGAUGUCGUCACUUUUGGCCAAUACAUGCGCCCGACGAAGAGACACAUGGCUGUCCAUGAAUAUGUAACCCCCGACAAGUUUGAGUUAUGGAGACAGCGGGCGCUGGAGAUGGGAUUUUUGUAUGUUGCGUCUGGCCCGUUGGUGAGGAGUAGUUAUAAGGCUGGAGAGGCUUUUAUUGAGAAUGUAUUGAAAAAGAGGAGGGGUGUGGGCAACACUCCGGGUGCUGAGGUGACGACUGAGGUGCCGGUGGAUGCAUUAGCGAAGUAA